GUGAGGUAUUUUGAAAGUGAAUUUUGACUUUGAAGGUAUUCAACAUGAAAUUCUUUGUUUUCGCCUUUAUUGCCAGUCUUUGUCUGGUUGCUGUCAGCAGUAGCGCCGUUGGUUUUGAAGAACCCGAUGAAAUCGAACUUUUCGUACAAGAUAGAACAUUUUUGGGUGCAGUCAAAGCAGCUUUGCGUACCGUAAAGGGUUUCAAUUGUCUUAUUAAAUGGGUACUCAAUAUUAAAAGUACAACACAACAAUUCCUCGAUGAUAUUGUAGCAUGUGGAGGUACUGUAUCUGCCCAAUUACAAGCUGUCAUAGACGCAUGCAAUGCUAUAAUUACCACUUGCAACAAUAUCAUUGAUGCUUGCGGUAGUGACGAUGAAGGUGAUGAUAGUCCUAGUAAAAGCUGUACUCUGGCAGUAGUUAAGGGAAUGGCCUCUUUGUACAAACAAACUAAGAAUGUCAUCAAAUUGAUCAAGAAAGUUCCAACUGUACCUGGACAAUACGGUCAAUGCGUUACUGAUGCAACAAACAACCUUACCAGUUAUUUCACCCAGUUCGUACCUAACAUUAAACAAUGCUCCAAAUUGACUAGUUAAAAUUAUAAAUUUUUCUAUAUGUGAGAUAAAUAAAAAAAAAUUAAUAAAUAUUACAA